AUGCAUCCGGAAAUUGUGGAAAUGGAAAAGGACGCAUUUGUUGUACGGUUGGAUGACAUUCGCGAUCGACUGCAGCGCUCUCAUAUCAUCAGUCUAUCGACAAUGAUAGAUAUCUUGGACGGCCAGCAACCUGAGGCAGUGCCUAUAUAUCGCAUGAGAGCCUAUAUCUACGAAGCUCUCACUGUUGCGGAAGCGGGCCUAAACGGUACUACAGGAAGACCAUUGCAGUCCUUUCGCGCAAUGCAAUUGCACGAAAGGUCCACAGCACAGAUCGCCUGCUCUUGUGAAGAUGCAUUCCCGCUGCCAGAAGAAGCACAUUCACGGCAUAAUCCGUGGGAAAGGCUCCUACCAGAGCCAGAAUACAUACCAUUUCAUCGCGAGCAGCUGGAUACUCCAAGUUCAUCGGAAACUGAAAGCGAUGAGAUUGAAGAGGAUGGGGAGGCAGUGUUUCUGCACGGAAUUGCGAAACGCGCCAAAAUCCAUUUUUCGACCCGGUCGUUCCAUUGUUCCGUCCCUGCCGCCAGCUGUCACCAAGGCAUGGAGGAAAACGGGUACGAAGCCGCACCGGUUCAAAUUGCGCUCAUACGAAUAUACGAGCUGUUGAGGUUGUUCCAAUGGUGUACUAUACUAUUGUACAGCUGUAAUGUUUCAAUGGCUUGUGAAUAAUUGCUGAUCAUUGACAGAAUCGUACGUGGUGACUUUUCAUUCUACGCUGCAUCUGGAAGAGCACUUUCAUACUUCCUUUAUGCGUCCUGGAAGUUGUCCGAAACACUGGAGGAAUGGUUCUCUUGCGAAAUUCUACAUCGUAUUAUCAUCCAGCAAAGCUAAAGAUUCUAACAAAUCAGCUGGAAUUAUGAAAUUUUUAUCGUAUGUCUCAUGUUAUUUGUUACAUUGCUUCUUGAUUGUUAUUGUUGAUGAAGUUUCAUUUUU